UUGGAAGCGGGGCGGGGACGGUCUGCAGUGAUGGGGUGACUGUCGGCGGUCACUAUUGAGGGGCCGGGUCCGGCCCUGGCGAGGGCGGUGUCUGUUUGUAAUGAAUCGGCGGCUCAGCAUCUCUUGUUCCGACCGUCACGAGGAAGCUGGGAGCAAAUUACAGGGAUGCCGGGCCUCCGGCUGCCCUAUCCCGAGCCCGAAAGCCGGGGGCAGAUACCCACCACCCGCCCCAACACAUGAUAGCCGUGUGGUUACUGCGGUCAGUUUGGGCCGUCUGGUCACUGUAUUGCCCGGGUCGGAUCUUCUCGUUGUUUUGCAGUUGGCACUUGUGUCCUUGUAUGUGUGGUAACAACAUGUCAUUGCCGCUGCUCGAUGAGGCUGCGACUGUGUCUGGGACAGAACGGGAGACUGCAGUGGUUAUUUUCCUGCAUGGACUAGGAGACACUGGACAUGGUUGGGCUGAAUCAUUGUCCUCCAUCCGACUUCCCUAUGUGAAAUAUAUCUGCCCACAUGCGCCAAAGAUCCCGGUGCAAUUGAAUAGGUCUAUACCCAUGCCAUCAUGGUUUGACUUGGCAGGAUUAAAUCCAGAAGAUGCAGAAGAUGAAACUGGUAUAAAGAAAGCUUCUGACUGCAUUAAAGCAGUUAUUGAACAUGAGAUCAAAAAUGGAAUUCCUUCACAUAGGAUCAUGCUCGGAGGAUUUUCACAGGGUGGUGCAUUGUCUCUGUACACUGCUCUGACAUGCCAUCACAAACUGGCUGGUGUUGUAGCCCUGAGUUGCUGGCUCCCUCUUCACAAAACCUUCCCACAGGCAGCAGGUAGCAAUGUCAACAAGGAUAUUAGCAUCCUGCAGUGCCAUGGUGAAUUGGAUCCCAUGAUACCAUUAACAUUUGGUUCAAUGACAGCACUGAAACUAAAGGCAAUCAUUAACCCUGCAAACCUUCAGUUCAAAACAUAUUUAAUGCAGCACUGCUCAUGUCCACAGGAAAUGAUGGCAGUGAAAGAAUUCAUUGCAAAGCAGCUUCCACCGGUCUGACUGAAGAGAGCAAAUCUGUGAGGCCCUCCUCAACCUUUCAACUUUCACCUGACAACUGAAACCAAGCCAUGUGCUACCAACCUCAGAUCUUUUACAGACCAUUUUAUUCGUAACAGUUAAUAUUUUUUCUUAAUGUAAAGUAGACUGGAUAUAUCCAAAAUUUGUACUGGCACAAUCCUAACUCCCUUCAAAGGUAAUUUUAUCAGUAUAGCGAAGACUGCCUUUGACAGGAAGUACCUAUUCAAUUUUAACUCUUUCCAGCUCAAAUAGUCAAAAAGAUUCCUAAUGCAGCUUUUAUUUUGAGACAUAAUUUAUAAAGUUCCUCCAAGCAAGAAGGGUAACCCAUACUUUUCUGAUCUUGGAUUUCACCUCAACUAGAGUUAAAGCUUCAAAAUAUGCUUAAUGUAGUAUCAGUGUACUCUCUUUUGUGCUUUUCCUGCAAAUUGAUGCACUCACUUGUUAAAUUGUGGAACAAUAUUGGUGUAAUUGUGGAGAAGUGCAAGGCUUAGAUAGUCCUGCUGUAUUGGCUGACGGGACCAAGAAGCAGCAAUGAAGAAGUAUGUCUAUUCAAGAAUGAAAAGCAAAAUAAAUCAUAGAAUGAACCUAAGGGCUACCAACACAAGAUUGCUGACUAAACAUUCUAUAGUUUUUCUCAGCUGACGGGAUCUUAAUCUCUAUCAACAGUGCACUGGUGCAGCAUGAUUGCUGAUCAGUAAUGGCUAGAUUGUCAGAAUGGAGGCAAGUAUCACAAGAGCCAGGCUGUUGUAUAUUUUCUAGUAGUUGUUUGAGAAUAGCAGUGGAGUCUGGAAGGGGAAUGUUUGCCUAACGCAUGUACCAGACCAGUGAGAGGAAAGUGUAGAAGUUGCAUUAAAAACUGUAAGUUACUCAGCUUUUAUCUCAGCUGUGGCAGUAAGUGAACAUGAUAUUUGAUCUCAACACCCUGGGGUACGGAAAAAUCCACCAAGGCAAGCUCUCCCCACUAAUUGACUGCUAUUAAGUGUCUCCCACAGGAAAGUCUAUACAUGCAACCAUUGAGUGAGGUUUACAGAUCAAGGAUCACCACUUACGUGAAGGCUUUUGACACUGCUGAAUUUUUAAAAAAAUGUUCCAUCCUCAAAAUGUCCCCUAAAAAUUAUAAAGCAUUAUCUCCAAAGAGCAUUGUUCUGCUAGCCAAAGGUUUGGAUCCAGCCUGCCUCGUUGACCAUCAUUCUUGCUUGCCCUCUAGUGAGGUCUGCCAAUUCUAAACCACUGGACAUAGCUCUGUGCUGUGUAUUGAGUAGAAAAUCUGUGAAGACUUAGGGGGACAGUUAUUUAAGAAGUGUAAAAGUCACUUGUUAAAUGGUUGAUUUAGUUCUAUCCAAGAUGUUCCCUCUGUAUCUAAUACAGUGAAGUGGACAGAUGGUAUAGAAACCUGGAUCUUUGUCGCAAACUGUUGAGGUUGAUUCCCUAAACUGCAAUGGUAUAACAUUACCUUCAGUUUUGCUCUGUUUGUUUAAAAUACUUUUCAAAAAUGGGCAAUGCGCUUCACAGGAGCUUUUUAAAGCAACAAACUAAUUUGGCUGGCAAAGAAGUUAAAGGCUUUGACCUUAAAAAUACAAAAAAUGUUGUAAAUUAUGCAAAAUAUUUUUACUGACCAACAAAUGAUGCAAGUUGGUUAGCACUUCAGUACAUCAUGUAGCUGAAAAUUAUGCAAAGAACAAAAUUGUCCUAGUUUCUAUGAAUGCCAUCAGCUUCAUAAGAGUUCAAAUCCUUUUCAAGAACUGCACCUGCAGAAUCUAAAUUCAUUCACGUAAAAUUACAGAUCUGAGGUUUUUGAUAUGUAUUGAGUGAUACUGCAUUGAAGCAUUGUAACACAGUACCCUUGGAUCCAUUUGCCACAAAACAGAAUCCUACUGUGACAGUUCUAUACACAGCAUGUGAUAUGCACUUGCACUAGAUUUCUUAAAGGUUGGAUUUGGUAAAUCAUUGCUGUACCUGGACUCCAUCUGAUGCAUUUCACAUAUAUCUUCAAUAAAAAUAGCAUGUCAUGAAAUCUCUGUAACAUAAGGUAGAUAAUAUUGGAGGAUGUGAGGGAGAAUUAAUGAGAUCUUUUUAACUGUGGCAUUUUUUUUUGUUUGCUCUCCAUUCCAGAAGCGAUGCCAUUGGGUUAACUUUUUUAAAAAUCUAUUGCUAGUUUUUAAUGUCUAUCACCACUUUUAGGCAAUUCUUUUUGAGUAUAUGAGACCCUCCUUUAAAGUGCUCAGUCGCUUUCCUGUUAUAAAUACUUUGACUUUUUUCUCCAGAUGUGACCAGCCACUUGUAUAUGGCAUUGUAUACUUUUGGAUAUACUUAAUGGAUAAAACUUAGCAUAUGGUUGAGUAUCUUUGUCACAAAAAAGUAUUGACAAAUGUAACUUGUAGAAUAGCAUCUUCUAUAAGUUUUUUAGUUGGUGAUACUGGACAGAGGUACAGCAUUUUAUUACAAGAAAAGAGAAAAAUAGAAGUAGUCAUGAUAGUCAUGAUGUUUAUGUGGUUAGUUAGAGUGACCAUGGGAGUGGACUGACCACUUUGAAGGAGGAUGGAAAAAAAUAAUUUUUCUUAUACUGGGACAAGAUGUAAAUUCAUAUUAUGUUGUAAGAAAUGUCCUGUAGUUUGUUCAGAGGUUCUGAAAACAUAGCUUGAAAAUCACUUGAGUUUUACCUGGAAAAUGGCUUCUGAGGACAUGCAGCUCAAAUCACAGCCGUGACUGCUGAGCAGCCUGCGUGCAUUUUAGUGUGCAUGUAAAUUUUAUUUUCUCACUUUGAUCAGAGCCUAAUGGUAUGAUUUUCUAAUAUGCUUCACUAGUUUGCAAUGCUGUGAGGAGAGGGAGGCAGUGCAAGGUCAUUUUGGUUUUAAUUUUUAGUAAGGCUCUUGCCAAUUUAGCACAGAGCUCCAAUGGCUUUUGAGGUGGAGAGCAAGCUUGCCUUCCUGUCCCAAUUACAGGAAGCUGCCAUCCAGGAAUGUAGCUUCAAGGAGUAUGGUUGGUGGGGCAUGGGAGGAUCUUCCUAAACAUUCAUGCUAGGUUCAUCCAACAGUAGUUAUCAAAGCAAAAUUUGAUUUGGUUCUACCUCACAUUCCUUCUGGUAGAAAAUUACAGUUGUAAAUUAACAAAUCAUUAAAUGUGUCUUACAAAUGUAAGUGAUAGAAAAUGUAUCUGUGUUGAGUGGUAAAUGCUCCAAAUAGUGACUGCUGGGCAGCAUUGACAAUUAAUUACAGAUUAAAAUUAAAUAUUUAUACCAUUGCAUGCAUUCACAAAUGUGUUUCACAGACAACAUUGAGAACAAGCCAGUGUACUCAAUAUUCAAAGCUCAUUGCAUUAACUCUCAAAUUUUUACUUUAAUCUACAAUUAUACAGUCAUGGUGAUUGUUGCAGUUUAGAGAAUUGCUCAGUUCUUAACACCUUUAGGUGAUGUCACGUGAGAAUUGGUAAUUGAACACAUUGAAAGAAACCAUUUGUCAAUGCACCCUUCAAAAAAUGUAAUCAAUUUCUAUGUGUAUGCUUUUCCAUUCCAUUGCUGUUGUUAAAUCUGAUUAUUUUACCCACAGUAUUUUAUUUUUGUCCUCCAGUCUCCUUGUAAUGUGAAAUUGAAUAAAGAGAAGUCCAUCAGGAAA